UCGCAAGGUCACGGGCUAUCGUUAACUGCUAACUUCCGUCUGUAGCUCGUUUAUUUACGUCACGCACGCAGGUAAUUGGCGCGGCAAUUUGCGCGUUACCUUCGCGCUCGAGCGUGCGCCUAUCGUUGCGUCGCGACGUUAAACGCUUACUUUAUUAGGUUAGGGUCCCCUCAUCAUUCCCUGUAUACGGAAUAUCGAAGUCGCGAUAGCGAUAGGUGACCGAGUCAUCUAAUUACACCGUUGCGCCUAUGCGAAAUGUCGUCAAUGUUAAAAAUACCAUUGCGUUGCCUUAACGGAGCUCAUUAAUAAUAUCGCAUUCGUAUCCUUCGAGCGUUCGUCAUGUCAGCACAUACCGUGAUAUCACCCAAGCCGCAUGAAUUUGUCGUGCCGAAAAAGUGCGUCAAGACGCCGGAUGAUCUAACGCUUUGGCACAGAUCGGAAGCGUACUAUGAGUAUCUGGGAUUUAUUUUAAUGUUGAACAGCGCCGUUCAAGAGAAGGCCUUGGACGCGCCAUGUUCACCGUCGCCUGCGAUAGACAAAGCUGUACAGAUGUUGAACAAAUUUGACGAAUGGAUAACGGAAAUUCCACCUACAGAACAGCCCCAGCGAUUUGGCAAUAAGUCCUUUCGCAUAUGGCACGAGAGAUUGCAGCAGAAUGCUGCGGAGGAAUUGAAACAAGUGUUGCCAGAAGAUCUGUAUCGCGCCAUUCCAGAGGUAGUGCAGUAUUUAUACGAGAGUUUCGGGAAUCCAACUCGCAUCGAUUAUGGAACAGGCCACGAAAUGGCUUUCCUCAUGUUCCUCUGCUGUGUAUUCAAGAUAGGCGCAUUUGAAGAUACGAUGGAUGAUAGGAUUGCUGUUGUAACAAAAGUGUUUAAUAGGUACAUGGAAUUGGUGCGCAGACUUCAGCUGACUUACCGUAUGGAGCCGGCGGGUAGUCACGGCGUUUGGAGCUUGGAUGAUUAUCAAUUUGUGCCCUUCAUAUGGGGGAGUUCUCAACUCAUUGGACAUCCACGGAUAGAACCACGUCACUUUGUAGACCCAGCUAUCGUGGAAGCUUACAGCAAGAAGUUCAUGUUCCUCGGUUGCAUCGAAUUUAUCUCAAAGGUGAAAAUAGGACCUUUUGCCGAGCAUUCGAAUCAGCUGUGGAAUGUUAGCGCGGUGUCCUCAUGGUCGAAAGUGAACAGUGGUCUUAUUAAAAUGUAUCAAGCGGAGGUAUUGGCGAAGUUUCCUGUUAUCCAACACGUUUUCUUCGGUUCUCUGCUACCGUUGUCACAGAUGAUCCCUGCAUGCUCCUCACCGACUAUUGUCCCAAAUUACAGAGGAGUUCCUGUUGACGAGAACCAGCCACCGCCACCAGCGGUGCCGCAAUAAAAGUUACAUGCGUAAUAAAUAUUGUUACUGUGGAACUAUUUUACCACGCUUUCCAGUAUUUAUUAUAAAACUGUACAUUAUUAUUGGCCCGCGCUCCCCUUAUUUUAUGAUAUACUUUCAUCACCUUUAGACGUCUUUUUUUAACUUGUUAAAAAUUCACGUUAUAUUCGUUACGAAGAAACGAUAUCUUUAUAUUUCAUUAGAGAUCGAUGUAAAAAUUAUGAUAUUUAACACACUAAGAAUUUGUUUACAUGCUUUAGCAUGAUGUACCCCAAAAUGAUACAUGUUAUUUCUAAUUCUGUAAGCAAUGUGAUUUGCUUUUAAUAAAAAUAAUAGAUUUA